CCUGGUGAAUGAUGACCUGUUUAAAGGUCUUACUCACAUCGGCUGCGGAGAGCGUGAUCACGCAGUUGUCCGAACUGACCUUGGUUAAUUAGUUGUUUAAAAAACAAAAAAUAACCAACAUUUCCAUUAAUCGCUUAGCACUACUGUUUUCUCAAUUACUUUUUGAUUCAGCAUUGAAAAAAGUUGCAAGUUUAAGUUUGUUAAACAUGAGUAAGUCUGACCAUGAUGACACAGCAAAUGCUUUUGAUGGAUCUUUUUUUUAAAAUUAUUAUUAUUAUUUUUUUUUACCUUUAACUAGGCAAGUCAGUUAAGAACAAGUUCUUAUUUAUUGCCUCUUAAAUGGAAAGUAAUCCAAAGGUACUGAUUACAAUUUGACAGGUAACUAGUAACUGAUUACAUUUAGAAAGUAACCUUCCCGACCCUGCUGUUGCAGUUUAGCCUAGUGGUUAGAGCGUUGGACUAGUAAAAUAAAAUACUACAGGUACUAUGUCUACAUAACUUUAAAGUGAGAAUGAACAGAAAUUAACAUGAGGUUUGAUUUACACAGUUUUUCUCCCAUGAUGUUAACAUUGAGGCCAGGGGCUCCAGAUUAAGUCAUGAACUUCAAGAAAGGCAACAUACUGGUAGCCUUUUUGUAUGAAUUGAUGUGUAUAUAUGAAUGGUUCCAUAUAUCAUACAUUUCAAAGUCCUGAGAUGCAUGCAUGAUGCAUGGUAUGAAUACAUUUUCAUAAUGUCAGGGGCUAUGAAAGGGUUGGCAAAUACAGUAGGUCUGUAAAACUACACUAUCUACAAUGCACCGAGCUGUUAGCGUUCUCUUUCAGGCUCCACCCCUCUACCUGGCGAGGUGUGCAUUGUGCUGCAGUCACAGCUCUUGACAAUGCUAGGAAAAAUGUUGAUUUGUUAGCUUUUACUGUUGAGAAACGAUGGUACAUUUUACAAGGAUGUGCACGCACUAGGCGUAUUUAUGUGGUCACGAAAUACAAUUGUUGCAAAUAGUUUUACACCGGGGCGUUCUUUUGUAAGACUAAAAGUAGCCUAGGGAGGGAGGGCUUCUUUCGUUGACUUACAUGCCCAUUCCCCAUUGUAAUUUGCGUGACCUUUGAAUAAUGGGAGAUACACGGUAAUUGACUGCCCUACCGUAGUGACAUGUGACAGUCUACGCCAUUUCAAUGGCGAUUUAAAACGUUGCAUCUUAGCUGGCAACAUUUUUGUCAACCUUAUCUGUAGCCUAGUUUAUCGGUAUUGCUCAACAAGGGAACCAGACCGUAGGCCUAUGACGUUAUGUAACAUUUUGUUCGUUUGUUCCUUUGAAGGGAGGAAUGGCGGUGAGAUCUGAAGAAAACAAUUUACAAUGAUCUCAGUCGAACACUGGAGUCCGGAGGAGGUGACGGAAUGGAUCCAUCUCAUUGGGCUUACAGAAUGCGCACAGAGCUUUCUCGAAAAUGCAAUAACUGGCGUGGAUCUCUUGGAAAUCAGUGAUUCAGUGUUAGAGUGGCUGGGGCUAAGCGACGUGGACCAGCGCCUCUACUUGUUGGAGCGCCUGGAGGAACUGGUGACGCUACAGGACCAGCAGGAGACCCCCCCCGGAGACCCCCAUCUCGGUACCUGUCCUCCGCAGCAUCAUGAGCAGCAGAGCCCAGUGAGAGCAGUGCCGGAGGAGCGCGGUGAGAGCAGCCACACAGUUGGUUCUGAAGAGGGCGAGUCAGAAAAAGGAGAAGAGCGGCAGGAAAUAGCAGUGGAAAUGUUUCGGAAAAAAGCUUCGUCCUCCUUGAGAAUGAGAAGAAUAUCAGAAAGCAAUAGAUGGAACAUCGACCGCGGGCGCAGCUCGUCCUUCCAUGAGGUGCGUGGUCUUCGGGAGGCUGAGAUGAGGGCGGCGGCCGACGAGACGUCCAGCAGCAGCAGUGGCAGCAGCAACACCGUCCUGCAGCGACUCCUCCAGGAGCAGAUGCGCUAUGACGAGGGACGCAACUACCAGCUGGCCAUGCAGCAACAGCAGGAGCAGCAACGACAGCGGCAGCAGCAGGAAGGAGGGGUGAGCGGGUGCUACCCGGGCCAGGCAGGCCCCAACGACGACCGGCACGACUCCAUGGUGCCCCACAUCGCCCGGCAGGAGCCCCAGGGACAGGAGCUACAGGCGGACAGUGGCAUGGAGAAACUGGGCUCCCGCGGUGGGGGUAGUAGUGGAGGAGGAAUGAGUGGUGCUGGGGGAGGUAGCGGCCAGGGCCCCAACCCAGAGGACUUACCCACUUACGAGGAGGCCAAGGUGCAGUCGCAGUACUUUCGCGGCCACCCGCACCACCAGCUACAUCAACAACAACAACAACAACAACAGUUGCCUCCGUCGGUGGGCGCAGCAUUUUACGUGACAGCCGUAACCAACAAUGGCAAGGUGCGUACUGAGGGGCGUCCCACGGUUCAGCGUCUGAGCAGCGGGGGAAAGGUGCACCAGGACGACGGGCUCAAGGACCUGAAGCAGGGCCAUGUGCGCUCCCUCUCCGAGCGCCUCAUGCAGCUUUCGCUUGCCACCAGCGGGGUCAAGGCCCACGCCCCUGUCACUAGUGCCCCUCUUUCCCCCCAGCUGCCCCCUCCGGGUCCGCCGGGGGACUACUACAAGCCCUCGGGCCAGCACCGGGGCCCCCCACCUGACUACCCCUUCAAGAACAUGGGCUCCUCUCCCAAACAGCUGCCGCAGCAUCAGGAGCAAGGAGGGCACUAUUACCAGGACCAUCGGCCAAGGGAACAGGGCAGGAACGAGGUCCCACACGUCCGCUACCAGUCGCCGCCAGAGUACGGCUCCUUCAGGUCCAAUAAGGAGAGCUCGGUCCACUCCCAGAGGUCUGUCCAUCACCACAGCCCCACCUCCUCAGUCACCUCAGUGGGCUCUCUGUCCCGAGCGCAGUCCUCCACCCUCAGUAGUCUCCUCAGCGCCUCCCACCCCUCCCACACACACCCCCACCCCCAGGGGGACCCCUACGCCUCCAUGGCUCCCCGAAGCCCCCAGGGCCCUGGAUCACACCAGGGAGACCCAUAUUGUCCCGUGCCCAUGCACCCUCCAAUUCAGAGGGGCCACGGCUUCCCACACGACCCCUACGGCUCCACCUCCAGGAUGCACCACCAGCAGCAGCACCACCAGUAUCAUCAACAACAGCAGCAGCAGCAGCAGCAGCAGCAGCAGCAACAACAACAACAACAACUCCAACACCAGCACCAACAGUACCACUCCCAGUCAUCCCAGGGCCACCCUCCUCAGCACUACCCCCACCCCCAGGGGGACCCCUUCGCCAUGAUGUCCCGGGCCCAGCAGAUGGUGGACAUGGUGUCAGAGGAGAACCGGCUGCUCAAGCAGGAGAUGGAGGUGUGCUGCGAGAAGGUCACCAAGCUGCAGAAGUUGGAGACAGAGAUCACGCUGGUGUCGGAGGCCUAUGAGAACCUGGCCAAGUCAUCCACUAAGAGGGAGGCUCUGGAGAAAACCAUGAGGAACAAGCUGGAGCUGGAGGUGCGCAGGCUGCACGACUUCAACAGGGACCUCAGAGAGCGCAUGGAUACUGCCAACAAGCAGCUAGCUGCUAAGGAGUGGGAGGGAACGGAAGACAACCGCAAGACCAUCUCUCAGCUACUCACCCAGAACAAAGAGACGGUGCGUGAGAAGGAGAAGCUGGAGAUAGAGCUGAACUCCCUGCACUCUUCCACGGACGACCAGAGACGACACAUUGAGAUCAGGGACCAGGCUCUCAACAACGCCCAGGCCAAAGUAGUCAAACUGGAGGAGGAGCUGAAGAAGAAGCAGGUAUAUGUGGAGAAGGUGGAGCGCAUGCAGCAGGCCCUAGCCCAGCUCCAGGCUGCCUGUGAGAAGAGAGAGCAGCUGGAGCACCGCUUACGCACACGGCUGGAGCGGGAGCUGGAGUCACUGCGCAUGCAGCAGAGACAAGGUGGCUCCCAGAGCAGCAGCAGUAGUCAGGAGUAUAACGCCACGGCUCUGAUGGAGCAUCUGAGGGAGAAGGAGGAGAGGAUCCUGGCCCUGGAGGCAGACAUGACCAAGUGGGAGCAGAAGUACCUGGAGGAGAGCGUCAUGAGGCAGUUUGCCUUAGACGCCGCCGCCUCCGUCGCCACCCAGAGGGACACGUCGUCGUCAGUGAUAAGCCACUCCGCCAGCAGCAGCUAUGAGCAGCAGCUGUCAGUGGAGGCUCGUAUCCAGAAGGAGGAGGAGGAGAUCCUGCUGGCCAACCGCCGCUGUCUAGACAUGGAAAGCAGGAUCAAGAACCUGCACGCCCAGAUCAUAGAGAAGGAUGCCAUGAUCAAAGUGCUCCACCAGCGUUCCAGGAAGGAUCCCAACAAGGACCGGGACGCCGCGGCCACCAUGCGACCCUCCAAGUCUCUGAUGUCCAUCGCCAACACGGGCGGCUCGGGCCUGCUCUCACACAGCUUGGGCCUCAGCAGCUCCCCCAUCACAGAAGAGCGCAAGGACAGCAGCUGGAAGGGCAGCCUGGGAGUUCUGUUGGGUCCAGAGUACCGUACCGAUUCUCUGAGGACAGAGUCCAUCUCGUCAUCUCCCUCCCCGGUCCUGCCCCUGACAGCAGGCCACUCUAAGACAGGCAGCAGGGACAGCUGCACUCAGACAGACAAGGGCCAGAGCCAGGAGGCUAGCAGCAAGCCCAGCACCCCAGCCCUGCAGAGCACGACCCUGCCCAGCCGCCUCUCCAGCCCCAGCCCCGUCUACAUACCUGACCGCAUCGCAGAUGUGCCAGUGUUCCACAGCAGUACCCUGGAGAGGCGUGUCCUGGCGCAGUCCCACCCCCAGGCCACAUCAGCCCCUCAACAGGAGGACAACGACAUGGUGGAGAUUCUCAUCUGAACUGAACCAUAGCCUCUAUAGGUCACAGGACAGGAGGACAAUAUGUGUUUGUGGACAAUCAAUACACACACAUUCACAGACACACACUUUCAAAAUAGGUGGAGGAUUCCUUUUUUCAACGUUUGGCGUUUAACUAGUUGUCGGGUGACCGAGGGUGUGUUCAAAUACAUCACUUUUUUAGAUGUGCUUUAAUGAACAAUACUUUGAACGGUUUGUGAUUCAGGAGGUUUUAGUGUCAUCAGAAUGAUCAGUGAACUCUCUUGAAGUGUUGCUGGAGGCUAUUGGUUAACUAGCCUCCUUGGAUCAAAUGUAUUGGCUACCAUACGUUGCAUCUAUUGGUUAACUAGCCCCCUUGGAUCAAAUGUAUUGGCUACCAUACGUUGCAUCUAUUGGUUAACUAGCCCCUUGGAUCAAAUGUAUUGGCUACCAUACGUUGCAUCUAUUGGUUAACUAGCCCCCUUGGAUCAAAUGUAUUGGCUACCAUACGUUGCAUCUAUUGGUUAACUAGCUCCCUUGGAUCAAAUGUAUUGGCUACCAUACGUUGCAUCUAUUGCACUACUUACUUUUUUCAUGAGUGUGUUUAAAUAUAUUUUUACGUUAAGUCUGACAUAGGUCAUCUAUUUAUGUGUAGUAAACAAUACAUUAUUCACCAAUGUUAGACGUGGCACUUGGGUAAUCAGUGAUAUUGUAAACUACAAAACAUUACUUUAACCUGUAAAUACUGUAUUUAGAUACUGUAUGUAUGGCAUGUGUAUCAUUUAACUGAACUGAAUGGAAUAGGGUUUUAGAAGCCAUUCGGUUACAUGGCACUGCCAGCCAAGGACCACAAUGCACUGUUUAAAGUAUUGGGGGACCGGCCCCCCAUGUCACAGUGGAAAACUUGGGGGAGCGAGACUCACACAUUUCUACUGUGGUCCAAUGUGCUGCCUUUGUGACCCCACUGGAUGGGGUCUGUCUCUUUCGAAGUGCAGCAGUAGAAGAGGUUUGGUGUUCCACCAAUGUGCCUAUGCAUCAGUUAAGGUUCUCCACAAUACUUGUUAAGUGUCCUUCAAUCCAGUCAUGCUGGGUUUGAAAGGGUAUUUUGCCCAGACUUGCUUCAAAUGAUAUUAGGCCUGAAAUAGUCCAUUAGGAUUUUAACUACUAAUUUAUGCAAUGAUCAGACAAUCUGGUAACAAUCAACUGUCUUUCUACACCGAUUGACAUUGUAUUUAUGAAACUAUAUGGCUCCAUUUACAAAGGAAGCCCAAUUCUGAUCUUUUUCCAAUAAUUGGGCAAAAGAUAGGAAUUGGGCUGCCUGGUUAAACACAGCCUAUGGGGUGAUGUUAGCAGUUGAAAUCCAAGUCAGUUUCACAACCGCACGUGUCCCUUUCUUUUGACCAAAGGUAACAGAAUGAGUUUGUCUGGGGCUUGAUGUGAUAAUGAUCCUAUCUAUGAUCCUUGUCUGUAUCAUAGAUAUCACAUCUAACAGUGACAAAUAUCCACCUACAUAACAAUCUAGGUGAGAAUUUAUAAUCCAAAGCCAAAAAUGUGGGACCAAAGAAACACUCCACCAGCCAGUCUCCUGGCCUGACCCCACUAUUGUCUUUAAUGUCAAUUGGUUAAGUGAACAUUUAAAAAACAAAACAACACUGAGGUCAAUAAUAUCUCUGAACAAAAUUUUACUUCACCUGCUCAAACAAACUGUCUCCUCGUAUCUACAUUUCUCCAACCUGGCUGAUGCAGUUAGGCCAGUGUUUGAAAGAAGUACACUACAUCACCAAAAGUAUGUGGACACCUGCUUGUUGAACAUCUCAUUCCAAAGUCAUGGGCAUUAAUAUGGAGUUGGUCCCCCCUUUGCUGCUAUAACAGCCUCCACUCUUCUGGGAAGGCUUUCCACUAGAUUUUGGAACAUUGCUGGGGGGACUUGCUUCCAUUCAGCCACAAGAGCAUUAGUAAGGUCGGGCACUGAUGUUGGGCGAUUAGGUCUGGCUCGCAGUUGGCGUUCCAUGGAGUUGAGGUCAGGGCUCUGUGCAGGCCAGUCAAGUUCUUCCACACCGAUUUCGACAAACCAUUUCUGUAUGGACCUCACUUUGUGCACGGGGGCAUUGUCUUGCUGAAACAGGAAAGAUCCUUCCCCAAACUGUUGCCACAAAGUUGGAAUCACAGAAUGUCAUUGUACGCUGUAGCGUUAAGAAUUCCCUUCACUGGAACUAAGGGGGCUAGCCCGAACCAUGAAAAACAACCCCAGACCAUUAUUCCUCCACCACCAAACUUUACAAUUGGCACAGGUAGCGUUCUCCUUGCAUCCGCCAAACCCAGAUUCGUUCGACUGCCAGAUGGUGAAGCGUGAUUCAUCACUCCAGAAAACACGUUUCCAUUGCUCCAGAGUCCAAUGGCGGCGAGCUAUACACCACUCUAGCCGUUGCUUAGCAUUGAGCAUAGUGAUCUUAGGCUUGUGUGCGGCUGCUUGGCCAUGGAAACCCAUUUCAUGAAGCUCCCAAUGAACAGUGCUGACAUUGCAUCCAGAGGCAGUUUGUAACUCGGUGGUGAGUGUUGUUACAACCAAGGACAGACUAUCUUUACACGCUUCAGCACUUGGCAGUUCUGUUCUGUGAGCUUGUGUGGCCUACCACUUCGCGGCUGAGCCGUUGUUGUUCCUAGACAUUUCCACUUCACAAUAACAGCACUUACAGUUGACCGGGGAAGCUCUAACAGGGCAGAAAUUUGACAAACUGACUUGUUGGAAAGGUGGCAUCCUAUGACGGUGCUACGUUGAAAGUCACUGAGCUCUUCAGUCAGGCAAUUAUACUGCCAAUGUUUGUCUGUGGAGAUUGCAUGGCUGUGUGCUCAAUUUCAUACACCUGUCAGCAACCGGUGUGGCUAAAAUAGCCGAGUCCACUGAUUUGAAGGGGUGUCCAUAUCAUUUUGUAUAUAUAGUGUACAGUAUGUCAGUUUUAUAAUGAAAUAAAAAGCACAAUUAGUGUUAAGAAAUUAAAAAUGUCCAGCACAGGGGGCAAUUUCUCCCCUUGUAGUGUCAAGUUUUGUCCAGGAUAGACAAUGGACCCUGGGAUUGGAGACUGAACCUUGGGUGGGGACUAUGGGGUUGAACACUUAAUAUUUUAUGCUUCGUGCUAAGGCUCGUGAUGGCUAUUUAUGCUUCGUGAUGGCUAUCAGUUGCACUUGCUGUUUUACUGUUUGUAAAAUGACACUUUUCAAUGGUUAAAUUUUCAAAAGGCCAAUGGAUUUAAUGUUACAUUUAUUGGGAGAGCAUCAAAUGUUUUUUCACGGUGUUACUAACAAUCAUAUAGACAUGUCAAAGUCCCGAUUUAUCAAGUACUGUACCAGCCUGCACCUGAAGCUUCAGAAAAUGUAAUUUAUACAUCAAUUAAUUCAACUCCUAAAGCAAAGGUGUUCCCCUUAAAAUCUGUACUGAUAGCAUACAGCACAAUAUGCAACUCUUUGCGGUCCCACCCGAAUGCCAGUCCAUGGGUCUUGCUUCAAAUUUCAUAAGGUGUACUGAGCAGAAAAAUGUUCUGUACCCAUUACUGUCAAACAGAUGAUUUCGUAAGUUCUCAGCAUUUACAUGUUUAAGUCAGUGAGCCUGUAGACCUGCCUUAUCAGUGGUGAUGGGAAUAAUUAUAAUCAAACUAUGUAUUAAUGUUUUUGGUCAAUCAAGAGCAGAGAAUUGGUAAGUUUAUCAGAUUCUCUGGUAGUAAUGAAUGUUACUUUUUUAAAGAUGCAAGGUCUUCUAGUAUUUGUGCCUUUCAAAGUCUGUAAAAUAUGCUGCUUGACAAUGUCAUUACUGUACAAUCGCCAUUCAUGUUUAAUUAAAUUGUAUUUCUAAUCAA